UAGCGAGCCGGGGCAGCUGUCAACCUUCUGCAGCUCGCACCGCCAACCAGAGGCGUUGCUGCAGGCGUUCGUCUCUCGACACAGGUUACCUUAUUGCUGUGCAGGGACGUUGUCGCAUCGAUCGCGUCUGCCCUUCCCUGCCUUGCCCUGCCCUGCCCUGCCCUCACCUUCAUCAUCACCGUACAUUACCUACCUACACGCACGCACUCGCUCCCGCAGGCUAGACUCCCUUAGUACAGUACAGUGCAUUGGGCUGGGCUGGCGCAAGACUCGAGCGAUACCGACAGAAUUUCACAGAAGGCAGCAGAGAGAGUGGGGCGUCUCUUCCCCUCCCCUCCAUCCAUCGUCGCCCGCCAGACGCAUCUCGUCUCAUUGCACUGCCACUGAUCCCAUUGUCUGGUACCUCUCAGACUUGCACUGAAUCUGAAUCUGCAUCUUCCCCCAAUCGAGUAUCGCUCCCCCACCCGUGAUUCCACUUCGACCGGAGUCGCCUUCCACCACAGCCGUCUUGAAGCCCGCCCGCCUAUCCCACCUACGGGGAGACGGGUGUGUUCCAUCUGCUCCGCGCGCGCGUCGGGAGCAGCAGCAGCAACAACCCGCCAACCGCCGCCUCAGCCUGGGGCACCUGUCACUACACUGCGAGCACUGCACCGUAGCCAACUGGCCAUUUCAAUUCCCAAGGCGUCGAAGGCGUCAACGGACGACAAUCUAGGAACCCACCAGCCGACCUUGCGACCGCUUCCUCCCUCCUCCUCCCCCCUUCCCCCGCUCUGCUCCUGUCAACGGCAAGACACGGGGAAGUGACUAUUGUGUCGCGUGUGAUUGCGCACAACUGACGGCGCCAUCCUUUUGCAGGCAGAAAGCAAAGACCACUUGCCUGGCGGAGUGCUACGGAGUGCUCAGGGCCCCAUAUCUCGCAAUCGUACAAUAGCAUGUUCAGCGGCUCGAACCACAAACCUUCAUCCUCUCCACGAACCCGCGCUCUGCCAUUCAGCUGACGGCCAUCUCUUCUGCGCACCUCUGGACUAGCAUACUUUUGCGAGCCCGGACUAUCCCAAUUUUUUCGUCCUUUAUCACAACCGUCACUGGUGUAACCGCUCUGUAGCUUCGGGCUCACCCACGUCUCUUGCUGUCGUCGAAUUGCCCACCUGACCAGUCGAGAGUUCAGCGGGUUGCCCGGCGUGAAAGCUGUGCACAGUGCUGGCAGCAACGUCCGCCGUCUUUUCAAAAAGACGAACCUUCUUCCUUGGGACAACUACAAGACUUUCGGACCUUUGGUUCAACUUCUCACAAGAACCACGGACUUUCACGGACACUUCUGACUUGUUUUUUCUGGUCGCCAUUUCAUCAGUGUAGCGGCACGCCAACUUCACAUCAUGAUGGCGCGAGACCAGGUACGCUUGUCGAUUCGACAAGAACCCAAGCGCGCACAAGUCGUUCAGGAGAACAAUCCCAAGAAUCGCAAACCUAUCGACCCUCCACCGAUAAUCGAGUUGAAAUACAACGAUGACAACGAUCCCAGCAACGCACAAUGGCUCGUCAGCCCCCGCACAUUCAUGAUGGUGUCGCUCAUCCCUGCCCAAGAAGAGCAGGAAACAGCUCCUGGCAAGCUGCUUAUUGGGCAGACGGUGUCGUCGCUGCACCGGUUGAAAGACGUGACCAACAAGGAUGGCGGCUUCUUCGUCUUUGGCGACAUUUCUGCGAAGCGGACGGGCAGGUUCAAGCUGAGGUUCAGCCUCUUCGACACUAACAAGGAUACUGAAGAAGUGGAGUUUCUGGGAGUGAUUGACUCCGCAGUCUUCCCUGUCGUUGCUCAAAGAGACUUCGGUAGUAUGUCCGAGUCGACGCACUUGACACGCACCUUUUCGGACCAAGGAGUGAAGCUGCGGGUACGCAAGGAUAACAGAAGCAUCGCGGGUGUCAAGCGAUCGUUCAACGGGUCGCCUCCAGAUACCACGUCGCCCACGGUGCCGUCGAACGCAGUCGGGCCGGUCCAGGAUUAUCAUUACAGUACAUCGAGUCAGGACUCCGCGGUAAAGCGACAACGAUCGUCGAGCUCAUACGACAGCACUUUGUAUCAGAACCCCACAGUAGCGGAUACUCCAAAUUCGAAUUACACCAGCACACUCCCCAGCAGUACCCGGUAUGGGAUGGGUAACGAUUACCAGCGAAGCUAUGGAAGCUAUUCACAAUACUCCCCGGGCGCCAUGGCCAUGCCCAGUCGCAACUCGUCGAUGCAGUCUGCGGGCUGGCAGGGAGUGCAGCAGAGCAGUGCGCUGCCAUCACCGACACCCAGCGUGGGCGGUCAGCAGCAAAAUCCGUACUCGACCGUCCCGACGACACAGCAGCCGUCGACGAUGUUUGGUGAUCCCGGGAGUGCGAGCUCCAUCCCUCGCGGCUCGUAUGCGGCCAGUGCAUAUCCCUAUGAACAGCAUGCACAAGCGUCCUACUCGGGGAACACCAGUCCGGACCAGCACCCCUAUCCGCAGCUGCAGAUGCCCGGGAGUUCGCUUCCCGACAGUUCUUCGGGGCAAGGCAAUCCAUACAGCGCGGCAUACUUGCCCAGCAACAGCCUGUACGGUUCUGAGGCAGCUGACGCGCCAAAUCCGUAUGUGUAUGCAGAUGCUCGGCCCAGUGCAUACUAGGUGACGGUGCUGCCGGGGUCACCGGCUUGAUUUUUUCAUGUUGCGUGGAUAUAAGCGAGGAGUUGGAGGUAUGGAUCCUACUAUGAGUGGCACAUUGGGAAAGCGACGGCGACAUUGGGAAGGAUGGAUACCUGACAUGGACAUUGACGAGAGCACGAGUCCCGUGUAUUAUGGUUCACAGGACGUUGUAUACGACAGGUUGGCGAGCAGUCUUUCUGCAUGCAUAUAUUGGGAAGACUUUGCGCACAUUAGAUAGUGACGGUAGACGAUGACUACAGAG